GGCAGGGGUGCCGGGAGGGGUAGUGUGGAUAAGGACAGAGUUCGGCCUGCGCUGGGGCAGGGUAGGGGCUGGGCAGGGGGCAGGAGAGGUGGCAGGGGCAGCUGGGGCCCUCCCUGAGGUCCCAUCCUUCAGUCCUUACACGCAGCCUGUUCUGUCUCCUGGAACCCCUGCCCCUGCUCCCUCCUCCCCUCACACGGCCUCACCUGGGCCCCCUCCAGCCAGAGGCGAGGCAGGUUGCUGGGCCGGCCCAGUCCAGCCCCUGCAAACCCUACCCCUCCAGCCAGGUGGCCUGCGAUGCUGCCAAUCCCUUCGCCCGGCCCCUGCCCGCCCCUUCCCCGCCUCUGGCCCAGCCUCCUCCUCCUCAGGUGAGGCAGCCAGGCCUAGCAGGCCCCACGCCGCUCCGGCCACCGCUGCUGCGGGGCCACCAUGCUCCUGCCCAGGCCUGGAGACUGACCCCAAGGCGGCACCACCUCUCAGCUCCGCCCCCACCUGCCGGACCCCAGGCCCAAUCUGCGUCCGUGAUCAUGGCGUGCUCUGGCCGGGGCCCAGUCCCUGCAGCCUCCCUGGAUGGGCGCCUGGGACUGGGGGCACCCGGGCUGGGCUGGCCCCCCCGGGCCCUGCCUCCCCGUUCGUCUCCCCACAGGGCCCGCCCCGGCCCAGGAGGUCAGCCGGGGAAUCAUUAACAAGAGGCCGUGACAUGGCGGAGAAGGAGGGUGGCCGGACUGUCCCAUGCUGCUCCGGACCCAAGGUGGCAGCUUUCACUGCGGGGACCCUACUGCUCCUGACAGGCAUCGGGGCGGCGUCCUGGGCCAUUGUGACCCUUCUGCUCAGGAGUGAUCAGGAGCCGCUGUAUCCAGUGCAGGUCAGCCCGGCGGACGCACGGCUCACGGUGUUUGAUGAGACGGAAGGGACCUGGCGGCUGCUCUGCUCCUCGCGCUCCAACGCCAGGGUGGCAGGCCUCAGCUGCGAGGAGAUGGGCUUCCUCAGGGCGCUGGAGCACUCGGAGCUGGACGUGCGGACGGCGGGCGCCAACGGCACGUCGGGCUUCUUCUGCGUGGACGAGGGGAGGCUGCCCCAUGCCCGGAGGCUGCUCGAGGUCAUCUCCGUGUGUGACUGUCCCAGAGGCCAUUUCCUGACUGCUCUCUGCCAAGACUGUGGCCACAGGAAGCUGCCCGUAGACCGCAUCGUGGGAGGCCAGGACACCAGCCUGGGCCGGUGGCCAUGGCAAGUCAGUCUCCGCUACGACGGAGCGCACCUCUGUGGGGGGUCCCUGCUCUCCAAAGACUGGGUGCUGACAGCUGCCCACUGCUUCCCUGAGCGGAACCGCGUCCUGUCCCGCUGGCGAGUGUUUGCAGGCGCCGUGGCCCAGGCCUCGCCCCACGGCCUGCAGCUGGGGAUGCAGGCGGUGGUCUACCACGGGGCCUACCUCCCCUUUCGAGACCCCAGCAGCGAGGAGAACAGCAACGAUAUCGCCCUGGUCCGCCUCUCCAGCUCCCUGCCCCUCACAGAAUACAUCCAGCCCGUGUGCCUCCCGGCUGCCGGCCAGGCCCUGGUGGAUGGCAAGAUCUGCACGGUGACUGGCUGGGGCAACACGCAGUACUACGGCCAACAGGCUGGGGUGCUCCAGGAGGCCCGAGUGCCCAUCAUCAGCAAUGAUGUCUGCAACGGCCCCGACUUCUACGGGAACCAGAUCAGGCCCAAGAUGUUCUGCGCCGGCUACCCCGAGGGUGGCAUUGACGCCUGUCAGGGCGACAGUGGUGGCCCCUUCGUGUGUGAGGACAGCAUCUCUCGGACGCCACGUUGGCGGCUGUGCGGCAUCGUGAGCUGGGGCACUGGCUGUGCCCUGGCCCAGAAGCCAGGCGUCUACACCAAAGUCAGUGACUUCCGAGAGUGGAUCUUCCAGGCCAUCAAGACUCACUCCGAAGCCAGCGGCAUGGUGACCCAGCUCUGACCCGUGGCUUCUCCUCGCUGUGCGUGCCUCCAGGGCCCGAAUUGAUCUAGGUGGCUCCAGCCCCACAUGGUGGGGUCCACCCCGGGCCUGGGAUGGAACAUUAUUCUUCUUGGGCCCAGCCCACAGGCCCAAGGAUACCCUCCCUCCGGGGUCCUCUUGUCCAUAGUGGCGGGCCCACUCAGCCCUGGGGCCACCCGAGCCUCACCCUCCUGACCCCCAUGUAAAUAUUUUUCCACCAUCUGGGGAUCCCCAUCUCGGUGCCCCUGAUGACAGGAUGCUCUUUAAAUAAUAAAAAUGGUUUUGAUUAA